AUGAAGGCUUACAACAGCUUUCAAGCGUUUCGAGGAUUAUCUCGAACUGUUAAAACUACCAAAUACAAGAUACAUUCAAGUGAUAUACCCGAGAACUCCACCAUAUUCAGUUUAGUCCAACCUACGGGUAAAUUCCAUUUGGGGAACUAUUUGGGCUCUGUAAGAACCUGGAAAGAACUGUGUGACUUGAAAAGAGAGGAUACCAGACUGAUAUUCGGAAUAGCAGAUUUGCAUGCUAUUACUGUGCCCAUUCCAGACGGGCAAAAACUGCGACAAAGUCGAAAAGAAGCCACUGCAAGCAUUUUGGCGCUAGGAAUUGAUCCCUCAGCAGCCAUUAUUUUCAAUCAGUCCCAUGUUCACCAGCAUGCGGAGCUUCACUGGCUUCUUUCCACUAUCGCUCCCAUGGGUCUUUUAAAUCGAAUGACGCAAUGGAAAUCCAAAUCCAAUCUUAAAAAUACGAGCGAUGAAGAGACUCUAGGAAACGUCAAACUGGGUCUGUUCUCUUAUCCGGUUCUGCAAGCAGCCGACAUCCUCUUGUACCGCUCCACCCACGUCCCAGUUGGCGAAGACCAAGCUCAGCAUCUUGAACUGACACGAACACUAGCGCAAAGCUUCAACACACUGUUCAAGACGGAUGUUUUCUCGAUACCAACUACCAUUUUGGCACCCACUAAACGGAUCUUGAGCCUACUUGACCCUGCAAGCAAAAUGUCGAAAAGCGAUCCAAAUCAAAACGCUACCAUAUAUCUUAAUGACAAACCUGAUACAAUAGCUAAAAAGAUUAAAAAAGCAGUUACAGAUUCGACGUCGCACGAGUUCCUUUAUGAUCCUACAAACCGUCCAGGUGUCUCUAAUUUGAUAAAUAUCGUUAGCGGCAUCCAAAGAAAGUCCAUUGCCGAUGUCGAGAAAGAGAUCUCCGCCUUCAAGAGCCAUAGCGCCUUUAAGAGCUACGUCAGUGAUAUUCUCAUUGAGGCGCUACGCAAACCGCGUGAAAAUUUCAAUAUGCUCAUGAGAGAGCCGGAGUAUCUUGACACUGUCACCAGACAGGGCUCUCAAGCAGCAGCAGAACUGGCUGAAAAAAACAUCAAAGAGAUCAAGCAGAUAAUGGGAUUUUGA